GACAUAAGAUAACUUGCCCAAGCGGUGCAGGAAAAAUGUCGGCUUGCAACUUCAAGCUGGGCGAACUUGUUUUCGCUGUGCCGCCCAAGCUUGAUUAUUUCUUUCCAGGGCAGAUUGCGGACAUUUCACUAGUGCCAUCGGAGCUGCAGAAGGCACUUAGCGAGACCCUGGCCGAACAGCCGGGCGAUGUCCUGGUACAUUUCUUUGGCAGCCCCACUUUUGAAUGGUCGUUUGCAGCAGUGGAACACGUGGCGCGACUGACUAGCCUAGAUGAGGACCUGGCGCUGCUCUAUGUGCCAUCCAGUGGCAAAAACCACAAGGCUAUCCUCAAAGCCAAGGAUGAGAUGCGCUCCCUUGUGGCCCAGCGCCACCGCCGCGCAGCGGCCGCCUCCGCUGCCUGCGCCGACGGCGGCAGCGGCAGCAAGGCCGACAAGCCCUCGCUGCUGCUCGACUUGGCAGACCCAGGCACGUGGCCGCAGCACAUGCGUGACUCAGCGCUGCUGCCGCCGCCGUCGCGCGCUACCGCGGGCGAUUGUGGCAGCUUGACGGCCGCGGCGGCGGCGGCCGCGCUGCGCGCGGCCGCGCGGAACCCAGCCGCCGCGCUGCGCGGCCUAGAGCAUCACCCGCAGCCGGCGGCUGGCGGCGGCGGCGUCGGCCCUUUGAUGGCAGCGGGCCGCCUCGCCGCCAGCCGCGCCGCACAUCUGGGCCACCAGCAGCUGCAGCAGCACGGCUGCGUGCCAGCGGACCUGACCGGCACCAGCGCCGCCGCCCUGGCCGCGCUGGCCGCUGCCACGCCACCAGCGCCGGCGGCGGCGGCGGCGGCGGCCGCCAGCUCCGGCGCCAACGGUGCCUCCGCAUCCGGCGGCACCAAAACAGGCUCCAAGAAGAAGGUGGUAGCUACGGAUAGCUCGGCGGCAGCGGUGAUGGCGGUAGACGAUGGCGGCGGAGGAGCCGCGGGUGGGGAAAAGGCAGAGGGCGCGGGAGGCAAGAAGACCGAGAAAAAAAGGAAGAAGUCCGCUUUGAAGGACGAGGAGGAGCGGCAGGCCGAGGAAGCGCCGUCUCAGCAGCAGGGCCGGAGGGAGGGAGAGGGGGAGGAGCCACCAAAGAAGAAGAAGAAAAAGAAGAAGCACGGGGCAGCAGCAGUGGAGGAGGCUGGCUUGGGGGCGACCGGCAUGGAGGUGGAUGAAGCGACAGCGCCGAAGGCAAAGGCAAAGGCAGAGCCGGGUGACAAGGGUAAAGGCAACACGGAGCACAGUGAGGUCUCCGUCCUUACAGCGGAUGGCGGCGCCGAGGAGGCCGGCCGCAGCGCAGCCGGCGGGCUGGAGGCAGGGUCCUCCCAGCGGCCCGCCGCCGCCGCUGUGCCUGCGUCGCCGCUCCGGGGCCUGAAGUCACAGAAGCUCGCAGGUGCCAGCACCGCCGGCGCGCCGGCGCCUGCGGCAGCAGCCGCUGCCACGUCCACGGCGGCGCCAGAUGGCGAGCCGCCAGCCAGCAGCGCCGCCGCCGCCGCCGCCACCAACCGCAAACCCGCACCGGCGCCCGCAUCCGGAGCGGCGCCAGCCACGCCCGCUGCCACUGCGCGCGCCUCCACGCCCGCGCUUGUCACCGCCGCCUCCGGCGGCGGUACCGCCGCCGACGACGGGGCUGACAUGCGCGGCGCCUCGGUAGAGCAGCUGCUGCGCUGGGCCGUGACGCCCGCGCUAGCGGGGCGGCCGCUUGGGCUCGGCGGCGCCGCCGCCGCAGCUGCCGCAGCUGCCGAUGCGGAGGGGUCUGCGGAGGGGGCGGAGGCGGAGGCGGGGUGGGCGGAGGGGGCGGUGUAUCUGGGCGGCAGCCUGCCGGCGGCGGCGCUGGGUGGCGCGGUGCGCAUGCUGCGGCGGCUGGCGCGUGACUCACGGCGGGCGGUGCUGCAGCCCGCCACCACUCGCCUGGCGAUGUCGCAGCGGGCAGCGCUGCUCAGGGCCCGCGAGCUGUGCUACCGCGACAGCAACCUGGCGCGACUGGGGGCGCUGGGGGCGCGCGCGCGCACCGCUCUGACGCUGGCGAAGGUCUGGGAGCCGCCGCCUGGCGCCCUGACUGGCGCGCCGCUGUCAGGCGAAAUGACGGAGGCGGUGGCGGCGACGCCGUCGGCAGCAAUGCGGCAGCGCUCGGUGGAGCUGGGGGCCCCGGCGGCGCCGGUGUCAGUGAGUAAGCCGUCUGCCAAGAAGCUGAAGGCGAAGGCCGGGAAGGCGGCUGCGGGCGGUGGUGGCGGCGGCAGCGCAGGCGGCAGCGGGGCAGCAGCGGGAGCGCGCAAGGCGGUCGCGGAGGGCAAGGCCGCGGCGGGCGGCGCAAGCCCAAAGAAGAAGAAAAAGGUGCAGGCCGCGGCGGCGGAGGACAGCAGCGAUGGCGGCGGCGGCGCCCGACGAGCUGCGAAGGCCGUCAAGUCGACGCUGAGUGAUGGCAGCCUGGAUGAGGAGUUCGGUGCGUUGGAGUAUCCCGUGACGCUGACACGCAUCAUCGAGACGCCGGCAUCAGUGGUGGCGGCGCGCAGCGGCGCCGCCGCCACCGGUAGCAAGGCCGGCGGCACCGGCGCCGGCAGUAGCAAAGGCGGCGGCGGCGGAGGGCUGCAGCUGACCAAGCUAGUGGAUUUAAAGGGCGCCACUGGCAAUACCAAGCGCCCGGCGGCGCCGCCGGCAGGUGGCAGCGGCAUCGGCGGCGGCAGUGACGGCGGCGGCGGUGGCAUGCCGUCGCGCAUUGUGCGGCCGCCGGGUGCUGUAGCUCAGAUCACGAGGCCGCGCCCCACGGGUCCGCGCAACUGCCUGCACAUCUGGUUCCAGGGCAAGGCCAUGCCCACCGAGAGCACCAUCCGGGACCUGGCCCAGCACCUGCCCGCAUUGCCCAAGGACCAGUGGCCCGCCGUCAAGCUGGACACCACGCCCGGCCGCGCCCGCGCCAGCCUGACCUUCCCGGUGGAGGCGGCGGAGGCGGCGGCGCGCAUGGAGGCGCUGCUGCGGGCCAGUGGCGCCCGCCUGCUCAAGCUGCCGCAGCAAUGCAUCCAGUUCUCAACGACAGCCGAGGGCGAGGACCCGCAGCCGCCACGGUGGGCGGCGGCCGCGCCGCCGCGCCUGGGCGCCGCCGGCGCCGGCGCCGCCGCCCCCGUCACCGCACGGCUGCCGCCCAAGCCCUCGGCGACGCUGCCUCCGGCAGCGGCGCACCGGCCGCCACCGGACGGCGCCGGCGGCUAUGCGAACAUCGGCAGCCGCGCGGGCGGCACGGGCCGGCGGACAGGGCCGUCGCCGCCGCACCCCCGCCACCAAACCCAUCACAACGGGCUGGCAGGCGGGCCGCCGAGCGGCGAGUACCCGCUAGAUCCCCGCGGCAGCGGCAGCAGCUGGGGCCGUGGCGCGCCGCCGGCUGGCACUGGUGAGGCCGGGUUGCCGCCGCCGCCGCACGCGGCGGGCGGCUACGGCGGCUACCCGCCGCCGCCUAUGGCGGCGGCAGACCCGGCACCGUGGCAAAACUACUCGCCAACGCAUCCCUCAUUGGAGGGAGGGGACCGGCGGCAUAACGACCUGUCCACGAUGCAUGCGAUGCUGCUGCCGCCGCCAGCCGCAGCGUACCAGCCGCAACCAUUCGGUGCCGCCGCCGCCGCCGCCGCCGCCAUGGCGCCGGUAGCGGCGCCCAUGCCGAUGCCCAUGCCGAUGCCUUUCCCGCUCGGGCCGCAGCAGCCGGCGGAGGCGCCAGUGGAUCCCCGUCGGCGCGCACAGCAGCUGGGGCCGGCACAGCAGCAGCAGCAGCAACAGCAACAGCCUGCUGGGGUGGGCGGAGGCGGAGGCGGAGGCGUGUACGAGCCGCAAGAGUAUGAGCCUCAGCCCUACGCAGCGGGCGCAGGGCCGGGGCCGGGGCAGGCGCCGGGGCGGCAGUGGCCGGGGCAGCGCGACGGCUGGAGGCAUGGGGAGCGUGAGGGCUCGGUUGAUGGCGGGACGGGCGGUGGCGUGGGCAGCGGCGGCGCCUCGGCGCAAAACCAUGCUCGGGACCAGGACCGGAGCUUGGAACAGGAAGGGAACGGAGUUGAGCACGUGGGCGCAGGCAGUGCGCAGCAGCAACAGGAGCGAGAGCGAGGGCAAGGGCCAGAGCGGGUGGACGGCAAUGGUGGCAACGCAUCAGCGGCAGCCUCGACAGCCGCGGAUCCUGCGGCGAGCGGCCAGCAGCACCCGGCAGCAGCAGCCGUUGGCGUAGCGACUCCUGCGGGCCCGACACGGCAUGCAGCUGGCAGCGGCGGUGCAGGAGGCGGCGGCAUGGGGGGUGGAGGUGGCAGUGGCGGGGCGGUCGGCGCCGGCGGCCCUGGCCCUGGCCCCGGCCCCGGCCCCGAGCCUAACACGGAGGAGCGGAUCAAGGAGAAGGUUUUGACGCUGGACUCCAAAACUCUGGAGGAGCUUCUGAGCGUGAUACUGCCGGCACCGCCGCAGUAGGGCGCGUGCGGCUACACCGCCGCCGAAGAAACCGGCAAACCGGCGUCCGAGGGCUUGGCAGCCAAGCUACGGGCGUCGACAGGUGUUGUUGCGCAACGGCAGCCUCAUGUCCUGUUUUUCAGCUGGUGACUGCGUCCUCAUUAGGUUGGUUGGUUUUAUUGUGCACUUGCGUGGCGGACGAAUGGCAAGCUUGCCUACUGUUGCAUUAUGUGGUUUGGGGAUUGGGGCGGUGACAUGCAUGAUGGUCCAGGCCUGCCUUAGUAAUGCGCUGUGUUGUGCAUCAUAGAGCGGCCGCCGGGGGCUGCCGCCGGGGCCGGCGGCGUGCGUGUCGACUUCUUGCGGAUCGUAGCAGGGAAGGCAGCCGGGCGCAAGACUGGUGAUGGCGCGGAGCUGCGGGCAGAAGGGCGGCAGCAACGCUGCAAAGCGAGGCGCCUGGGCCGAGGCGCGCCAACCUGUUCAAACUGGCCGUGAUAUCGUUUGCGUCUUCACGCUCCGAGCCGA